GCGUUCUCUACGUCCAGUCUAAGCUAGGCUAGCCAUAACGCGAACAGACAGUAGCGUCUUCCCUUUUCUCCUCUGUCAUAACAACCCCUGUCUCUACAGAAACUAAUAACGAGCUUUGCUUUUCAUAUCGUACGCUCAAUUACCGACGUCCGAACGUAUACCUCGUGUCUUCGACCAUGUUGCCUCGCGCGUGCGACACUAUCUAUAGCAAGAUGUUCAUUGGCGGUCUUAACUGGGACACAACCGAUGAGUCCCUCAGGAAUUACUUCUCCCAGUUCGGUAGAGUAGAUGCAUGCACGAUCAUGCGCGAUGCUGCUGGCCGGUCGAGAUGCUUCGCCUUUUUGACCUUUGACGAUCCCGCAAGCGUUAAUGCGGUGAUGGUGCGGGAGCACUUUUUAGAUGGCAAGAUUAUUGAUCCAAAGAGAGCAAUACCUAGACAAGAGCACCAACGCGCCACAAAAUUAUUCAUCGGCGGUCUUGCAGGGAGUGUGACGUCCGAGUCGAUGCGAGACUUCUUCUCGCAGUUUGGCAAGGUCAUUGAUUCGACUGUCAUGUUAGACCGUGAGACAGGGAGAAGCAAGGGUUUUGGAUUUGUUUCAUUUGAAGACACAAAUGUCCAGCCCUUCCUCGGUUUUGGGAACCUAGAGAUCGAUGGGAAAUUGAUUGAUGUGAAACUAGCGCAACCGCGUUAUCAGCGCGACAAUUUUAAUGAGGACGGUGGUCAGCAACAACAGUACACCAACAAGGGCGGAAAUUUCAAUGCGGCAGCUAACGCUAUGCCCGCAGCACCCUCGGGCAACACUCCAUUUGAUCCCCAGGCUCUUGCCGCGUUGUACACCCGCAUGUUCCAAAUGGCAGGCGGAGGUGGUAUGAUGGGAGGCAUGGGUAUGAGUAUGAAUCCAGGCAUGACCCCUGGCAUCAACCCGGGUAUGAUGGGUGGCAUGGGUGGUUAUGGUGGCGCAGGCAUGGGCAUGGGCAGAGGUGGAAUGGGAAGCCCCGCAAUAGCAGGUAGUAUGGGUGGAGGACCAGGGAUGGGUGGUGGAAUGGGGCGAGGGGGACAGGGUAUGGGGGGCGGUGGUACACCUACAGGGCCUGCCAGCCUGGGUCCGAAUGUUCCACGCGGUCCACGAGGAGCACAAGGCAGUCCGAGUGGUCCUGGUGGUCUUGGCGUUGGUCCACAACGUGCGGGACAGCGAGGGCAGCACAGCUACCAUCCCUAUGCGCGCUAAUUUUCAUGACAUCCGAGUCCGAGUCGCUGGAUUUGCAUUGCAACUAACUUAUC